AUGGGCCAUAAGCUUCCUGAUAGCAGCAGGACACUUGGUCGUUGCAAGCGACCGAGAGUGGCUGAACGAAAGCUAGACGUGAAGGUGGGAGGCUUGAUGAAGGGGGUAACUGUUGAACACAAGUGUGCGUGGUCAGUCACUGAACGGCUGAUCCUGCACCCACGUCUGGCCGAGGAAGAGUUCUAUGUGGUAAACGUCGAGUAA